UCGCUUCGCUUCGCCCGCCUCUUCCGGCUCACUUCCGCCCACUCCACCCAGGCUCGUUCACAGGAAACGCUGGGCUUUGGCUGGGUUCUGCUUCUCUGAAUCGAAUACCGACAGCGCCAAAAUGCCGGCUUACCAUUCUUCUCUCAUGGACCCGGACACCAAGCUCAUCGGCAACAUGGCACUGUUGCCCAUCAGAAGCCAGUUCAAAGGACCUGCCCCUCGAGAGACAAAAGACACAGAUAUUGUGGAUGAAGCCAUCUAUUACUUCAAGGCCAACGUCUUCUUCAAGAACUAUGAAAUCAAGAAUGAAGCGGACAGGACUUUGAUCUACAUCACGCUCUACAUUUCUGAGUGUCUGAAGAAACUCCAAAAGUGCAAUUCCAAGAGCCAAGGCGAGAAGGAAAUGUACACACUAGGAAUCACGAACUUCCCCAUUCCUGGAGAGCCUGGCUUUCCUCUCAAUGCCAUUUAUGCCAAACCUGCAAACAAACAGGAGGAUGAAGUGAUGCGGGCGUACCUACAGCAGCUCAGGCAAGAGACUGGACUGAGGCUCUGUGAGAAAGUUUUUGACCCUCAGAAUGAUAAGCCCAGCAAGUGGUGGACUUGCUUUGUCAAGAGACAGUUCAUGAACAAGAGUCUUUCGGGGCCUGGCCAGUGAGCGGAGCCUUGGCAGCCAUCGCCUGCAGAGCCGCGAGCAGCAUCACAGCGAGGUGCACACGGUCCUUUGUGUCUGUCAUAG